AUGCGGCGCACUCUAUGCCGUCUCUCAACCCUUGUCAAAAUAGGCCGUGGAGCGGAGAACGUGACGGAGGCGGCUAGCAACGCCCUCCUGGAGUCGCUCCAGAUGCAUGGCUAUUGCUACGUGCAGCAUCCAUUCAUUCAGAAGGAAAUUUUGGAUCAACUUCACCGUGACAGCCGCAUCUUCUUUGAGCGGUACAUUAUUGGCGCCGCCGCCAUUGCCAAUCCUGCGAUCAUGACCGCAGGAUUCAAACAUGACACGUGCCAGCAACCUGUCAUGCCUCUUACACCGUACGAGUUGGAGAGCAUCAAAACGUCCACUGGAUUUCGUGGUUACUACCGCUACGUCGGAGCCAGUGGGCUGGAUGACGCAAUUGAGUGUUUUUCCAUCGGUCGCGAGGUGGAGGACCCGGCACAAUUGCGGGAGGCAUACUACAAACUGAGCGGAUGGAGCGAGGAGGAGUACAAGCCACUCAUUAGCCGACAGACGCCCUGGCAACUGCUGCUUAACCGCUGUCACGUCGACGCAGGAGGCCUUAGCACCGACACCUUCAUGGCCGACUACCGUGAGAUGAUGUUGGCCUACUACGACCUUUGCGCCGAGGUCUCACUUGACGUGCUGCGGCACAUCAGUUGUGGUUUGGGCGUUCGCCCGUCGAUUCCACAAGGUGGCCCGGACCCGCAGAGCGGCUACGACCUUGAGUUUUUUACCCCCUUCCACAACAAGUUGGACUUCGAUUUGCAGGCAAAGUACUACCCACGGCUGGGGCAGGUCCCUCGCACGACUAACGGGGUUGAGAUGAAGGACGCACGCUCCGUCUCAAACCCGGGUGGGGCGAAGGUGCUGCGACGCAAAGACACCCUCGCGCAGCCUCCCUUGAAGGAGGGCGCGGGUGAGGCAAACAAAGAAGUGGCCAUCCGCCUCGAUACACACAAGGACUUGAGCACCAUCACCCUCUUAGCGCAGGAUGCUCUUGGCGGGAUGGAGGUGUGGGACGAGGAGGAGGAAAAGUACGUCGCCGUGCCUGUCCUCAACGACGCGCUGCUUGUUAACGCGGGCAUGUUUUUGGAAAAGUGGACCGGUGGACUUCUGGAGGCUACACCACACCGCGUGCGAAACGUGAAGGAGGGCCGCAGCCGCUGCAGCGUGGUCUUCUUCUGCCUGCCCAACCACGACACGGCUGUGGAGCCGUUGCUACAGCAGGAUGAGAACCCCUCGCUGGACGCCCAGGAGGGAUUCUACGCCGGGGAUCUUAUGCCAGCCUCACAAUGA